UAUCGCUGCCACCUCACUGUCGCUGUCUCCACCGUCACCCUCCCCCAAUAUACCAUCCAGUUAUCCAACAUCCUUUCCAAAUCAUUCAUCUGUUGCCUCUCUAGGCAUAUCAUGUCUCUUCACCAUCCCGUUGCACUCCACACAUCUUCAUCCCCGUACAUGUCGUCGGCGCUUCAGCUGUCCCAUGGUCAAGGACCAAUGUGGAAUCAUCAAGGCCAAAGAGAAAUGCGUUAUUCGCAUGGAUCACGGGGCGGUAUUGAGCCAAGCACUCUCAAUUAUCGCUCUGAUGAAUACCCCAGACAUCACUGGAGUGGUAAUGCUCAAGAGGUCGUCCUGGCGAAUGGGGGAGUCAGCGCCCGCAAACCACCGUCACGUGCUCGUCACCAGUCCUGGGACAUGGACUCCCUUCACAGGCAACCACGCUCCCAUAUCGAUCCGCCAGCCCUUUCCAGCUCUUGGACCAAUCAAUUAGUUCGCCCGUCAUCUCGACGUGGCUCAAAAAGCUCCCCGAUGCGAGGCCCCCGGAAUGGGUUUCCUCGAGUCGAGCAAGAACAUCUGGACUCCAAAGUUGCCAUGAUCGGGUCUUGGUGUAAUACAGACUUGACGCAUGCCAUCGUCUCUCCGAAGGAUCUCUUCGAAUACGAGAAGGACGCCUUGUUAGAUGAUUGGCAUCCAAGAACACCACGGGAGUGCAGGCUUCCAACUCCUGACCUCGCACCACUUUGCAUGGAUUAUGAGUUUUGCGCAUGCUGUCAGAACGAAGAUGACAGGAUAAACGAGACUUGGUACAUGACCUCCAAGGUGAAAAUGGAAGAUCAAUGUAUGUUGAGAGGCUAAGGUCUUGGGUCGCCAGCCAUUUGUUGUCUAGAUGCUGACAAAAGACAGUGAACAGUGCAAUGGAGCAUAUCGCCAGAGCCAAAUCUCAGUCAGGAUCCUCAAUGAUCCGAAAAUCCAGGUGAAGUGAUGUGAAGCAGUAGAUAGGGCUUCAUGAUGGUGGAAUCGGUAGGGCAGGUUUGGCGUCCCGAGUUACAGCUCCCAAUGUGUUGUUUCUGGUUUGGCGUUUUUUGUUUCACCGAUCAAUGACAGGCUUGAUGGUUUCGGUGG